ACAAACUAACCCAAGUGCAACCUUAGAAGGAGAGGUUUAGCUACUUGUUAGUUUUGUUGAGUGCUGUAGAAUUGAUCUAUGUUGCAAAGUAGUCGCGUUGUACAAAAAAGCAGCAACUAAAAAUGCAAAGAUUUGAUAAUUGAACUUUCUUUAACCAAAUUAUUUUUUGAGUAUUUCAUACGCUAAAUCUAAAGCAGUGCUAUGGAUCCUUCAGCAGCAACAGCUUCAGCUGAUGCUUUGCGAGAAAGGGAUCUACGCCUACAACCACAAAUUGCACCCAGUGGUUUAGUGUGUGAUAAUCUGUCACUGCCUUCUUACAAGGAAUAUCCGGCUCAGCGUCCAUUCAUCACCACACUGGUCCAGUCUCCCACAGCACAGACAUAUAGGGCUUCAUCACCCUGUAAAGCAUUUCCAGAGACCAACAGUGCAGCAAUUCUAUCUGCCCUACGCAAUCUCCAAGAGAAGAUCCGAAAGUUGGAAAAGGAGAAAGGAUACAUCUCUUUGCACGAAACAGGGAAACAUGUGAUUAACACCUCUACACAAGGUGACAUAGAUGUCAACAAGGCAAACUGCAACCAGGUGUUAAUCAACCAUCUGGCAUCUGCUGAGUCUCGUUGUGUAAAACUGGAAAAACAACUUGAUCAAACAAGAAAGAUGUUGCGCUCUGCCACAACAGACAAAUCAAACAUAUUCAAUCAGGCGAAGGAGACAUCCAGGUCAGCUGAUCAGCCUACUGAGAGCCCCUCUGUCCUUACUCGUUUAGAGAAACUUGACCAUUUAGAGCAGGAAUACCUAAGGCUGACACACACACAAAAUAAGGCUGAGAGAAAGAUCCAUGAGCUAGAACUAAAAUUGCAAGAGGAGGAGCAUCAGAGAAAGCUGGUUGAAAACAAGGCCAGUCUGCUGCAGGUAGGUUUGGAGACAAACAGAAUUUUGUUGCGGUCUGUGUCUUCUCAUCGAAAGUUCAGAGACAAACAAUCAAAAGUGAAGAAAACUUCACUGCAGCAGUCUCCUACAGAGCCACAUUAUAAGUUCAGACUCAGAGAUGUACCAUUUGUUGCUGGAACGUCAGUGAGCAAUAGCCACUCCGUCCGCGCAAAUGUCCAAUCGGUUUUAUCUCUCCUGAAGUGUCACCAGCCUCAUCUCUGCAACUGUCGUGUCCUAUCAAACAAACCUUAUGGCUUAGGCACAAGUAACCAAAGCUUUUCCAGUUCCUCCUCUUCAUCCCUGUCAAAUGAGGAUGAACUAUCUGAACUGCUGCAUACAUUACAGGAGGAGCUUCGACUCAUGAGCUUAGAGCAGGAUGAACUACUGAGGAAAGUGGAGAGGAGUGUUUCUGAGCAAGAAAAAAGAGACCUUCAGUGGGAACAGGAGAAACUACUUCUCAAAAUGGAGAGCAAAGGAGAACAAAUCAAUAAGCUUUACAAGCAUAAAUCCCAAGUAAAUCAUUUGUUGAAAGAAUCGAAUGAUGGUCGAGUAAAAAAGCAUGUGGAAGCAACCAUAAAGUUUUCUAGCAAAGGUAAUUCGAAUGAAGCAGUCAAACUCAGACCAGGAGAGAGGAGCAGGAGAAACCUGCGGCUGCUGAAGGACAUGAGAGCUCUACAAAUGUCUCUGCAGACAUGAACAUGCCUCAUAUACACUACACUAUUGUGACUUUAUGUAUUGGUGCUGCCUAUUAUUUAAUUAACUUAAACUGUCAUUGCAUUGCUUUAUUUUUGCCAGAUACAUUUUAUUGAAAUUUUUCUACAAACAAGUAAAUAUUUACAUAAA